GCUUAAUAUGUCAGCGGACUGUAGAGCUUUUUUAAAACUGGAAAUAAACAAAUCGGAGGUGAUUUUUCUUUUGUUGGUGGGAUGGAAGAAAAACCUUUAAGAGUCCUAGCUUGCGGUGAUGUCGAAGGCAGAAUCAGUGCGUUAUUCAACCGGGUGAACACAAUCCAAAAAAAGAGCGGACAGUUCGAUCUGCUGUUAUGCGUUGGGGAUUUCUUUGGCAAGUCCCCUGAGGCCGAAGCUGAAUGGGCGGCGUACAAGUCUGGAGCGAAGAAAGCUCCUAUUCACACGUACCUUCUGGGAGCUGCGAGCCAGGAGACGGUGAAAUACUUCCCCAGCUCUGAUGGAUGUGAACUGGCUGAAAAUAUCACCUAUUUAGGACGGAGAGGCGUUUUCACAGGAGCGUCAGGUCUGCAGGUUGUGUAUGUCAGCGGCAGAGAGGCUCAGCAGGAGCCGGCUCCGGCUCACUGUUUUACCCCGAAAGAUCUCACAGCCCUCAUCACUCCCCUGGUGUCCAACUCGAAGUUUAAAGGAGUUGACAUCCUCCUGACCUCACAGUGGCCUAGAGGAGUGUGGCAGUACGGGAACAACCCGGAAAUCGACACCAAAUUCUGUGGCGUUCCCUCUAUCGGAAAUCUGGCUGAAAAGCUAAAACCUCGCUACCACUUCGCUGGAUUGGAAGGAGUUUACUAUGAACGUCUGCCUUACAGAAACCACACAGUACUUCAGGAGAACGCACAGCAUGUCAGUAGAUUCAUCGCGCUGGCUUCAGUUAACAAUCCUGGGAAGAAAAAGUACUUGUAUGCAUUCAACAUUGUCCCGAUGAAGAAUAUGGAGCCAAAAGCGUUGGUCAAACAGCCAGAGGAUGUCACUGAGAAUCCCUAUAGGAAACCGAUGAAGGAGGGCAAAAAGGAGAAACCAAUUCCGUUUGCAGCUGCCGAAGAGGAGGAACCAGCUUCUCAGUUCUUCUUCGAUCUGGGACAGAAGAAGCCACAGCAGCACCGACACCAGCAGCAUCCGGGUGCAGGGAGGAAGAGGCCAUCAGAGGGCGACGGAUCCUUUCAGCCAAAAUACCCUCGCAAACCUCCUCAGCCUACCGGACCAUGUUGGUUCUGUUUAGCCAGUCCUGAGGUGGAGAAACACCUUGUCAUCAGCAUCGGCACGCACUGUUACAUGGCGCUGGCUAAAGGCUCCCUCACCCCGGACCACGUGCUGCUGCUACCCAUAGGACAUUACCAGUCGGUGGUGGAGCUGCCAUCCGAGGCGGUGGACGAGCUCCAGAAAUACAAAAGUGCCCUCAGGAAUCUGUACAAGAGCCGCGGCCGGCGCUGUGUCCUGUUCGAGAGGAAUUACCGCAGCCAGCACCUUCAGCUUCAGCUGGUACCUGUGCCCAUGGACACAUGCACUACUGAGGACAUUAAAGAGGCGUUCAUGGUGCAGGCUCAGGAGCAGCAGAUGGAGCUGAUGGAGAUACCCGAACACACUGACCUCAAACAGAUUGCUCCACCCGGAACUCCGUAUUUCUACGUGGAGCUGGACACGGGAGAGAAGCUGUUUUACAGAAUAAAGAAGAAUUUCCCUUUACAGUUUGGCAGAGAGGUCCUGGCGAGCGAGGCAGUCUUGAACAUGCCAACACGCUCAGACUGGAGGGAGUGUAAAAGCAGCCGAGAGGAAGAGGAAGCUCUCGCCAAACAGUUCCGUGCUGAAUUUCAGCCCUUCGACUUCACCAUGGACGACUAAACAUGACCUUUUCUUUUCCUCUCACACACGAGAUAUAAUUCGUUCUCAACUGUUUUACUGUAUAUUACGGAUUUUAAAAAAAGAUUUUUAAUGGAUAUUAACCAUUAUUUUUUCUUACUACUUUGUUUCUAAUUGUCAAAGACUAAAGCUUUCCAAAGACAUGUCUUUGCUCGUCUAAUUUUGGGACGUAUGUAUUAAUAAAUCUUGUACAGUCAAGAAUAUUUUUUUCUAGCAUUUACUUGUUAAAAAAGUUUUUAAAUUGUGUUUUGUAAAUGUGUAAAAGGUUACUUUGUGGUGCUGUGACUUAAGAGGUCUUUCUGUAAGAAAUAAAUGAUCAUGGUUCUCAUUUA